UGGUACUGCCAACUGCCCUCACUUCAGGGCGGAGUGCGCGGGGCUCCUUCGCUGAGCGCUGCGCGACCUCGCCUCUGCACCGAACCCGAGCUCAGCUCCGGAGCAGUGAUCUCCAGCCGCUGGCUUCCCGCGCUGAUUGGGACUCUAGCUGAGGAGCGGGUAGCCCCGCGCGGCGUCCAGCGUGCAGGUACCACAGCCACCCGCCCGCUUUCCCACCGCUUCAGGAAGGUGCUGGGCGCCAACUGCGCCUCCCGUCUACCCGCCGGCCCUUCCCCGCCGCCCCACGGCCGCGCGUUGCUGCGCUCGGUCCCGCGUCCUCAGCCCUGCGCAGCGAAGUGGAGAUGCCUGAGAGGCUGGCGAGGGCGCGCAGCUCCUGAAACCGCGCCAGCCGGCACCAUGCGCCUGUGGCCGCUGCCCCUCGUCGUGGUUCCCGGCUUGCUGCAGCUGCUAUUUUGUGACAGUAAAGAGGUGAUGCAUGCCACAGAGGGUCUGGAUUGGGAAGACAAGGAUGCUCCAGGAACAUUGGUUGGAAACGUGGUACACUCCAGGAUCAUCAGUCCUCUACGCCUGUUUGUUAAACAGUCUCCAGGUCCAAAGCCGGAUCCUAUAGUAUAUGCAGCCGGCAUGGAAAACUUUUGGGACUGGCUCGCCAACAUCACAGAGAUUCAGGAGCCACUGGCAAGAACUAAAAGACGACCAAUAGUGAAAACAGGAAAAUUUAAGAAAAUGUUUGGAUGGGGGGACUUUCAUUCCAACAUUAAAACUGUCAAGCUUAACCUCCUUAUCACAGGGAAAAUUGUUGACCAUGGAAAUGGAACCUUCAGUGUUUAUUUCCGACAUAAUUCAACAGGCCUUGGCAAUGUUUCAGUGAGCUUGGUACCUCCCUCUAAAGUAGUGGAAUUUGAAGUUUUCCCCCAGUCUACCUUGGAAACCAAGGAAUCCAAAUCUUUCAAUUGUCGCAUUGAGUAUGAAAAAACAGAUCGUGCAAAGAAGACGGCUCUGUGCAACUUCGACCCUUCUAAGAUCUGCUAUCAGGAACAGACUCAGAGCCAUGUGUCCUGGUUAUGCUCCAAACCCUUUAAGGUCAUUUGUAUUUACAUUGCCUUUUACAGUGUUGAUUAUAAACUUGUGCAAAAGGUUUGCCCUGACUACAAUUACCAUAGUGAGACCCCAUACUUAUCUUCUGGAUGAAUCUUUCCUCAGUGAUGGAAAUGAGUUUCUCGUGUAUAUUUAAUUAGAAUGACCAAGAAAUAAGCCUAGCUCUUCAUGGUAAAGGAUCUCUUUUUUUCUGGCAGUGAACUGUUAAUUCCUCAUCCAGUUUUCAAAUUAAAAGGAAAAAUAUAUUCAAUUGUGAAUUGUGUUUGUUUCGAUCUUAAGUACCUUUAUCUAAAAAGUCAAAUUGAUUAUGAAACCAUUAUUUUCAUACAAAAUGGUAAAGUUCUAGAAAUUCUGCUUCUCUAUAAGAAGCAUCAAGAGUAGCCAUGUGUGGGAACAAACCAAAUUAUGCAUGUGACAAGCAUUGCUCUUAAAUUGAGCCUGAAUUUGAUAUGUUUUGGAAGGUUUCCUUGGAAAGAACAGAUUCUGCAAAGUAACUGGAAAAAUGUUAUUUGAUGGAUGGAUUGCAUUUCUGAUGUUGAAUAGUUUUUUACUUGCUAUCUCUUCACAUCAGUGCCAGUUUUGAUAGUUAUAGUGCAACAGUGGGAUCAAACACUGUAUCAUCUUAGAAGAAUUAGACAGUAUGUGGUUGAAGCACUUUGCCUUUAUGAUUCUCAUUUACGUGGUAUUGGGAAAUACCAUUUGGGUAUGAGGAAAGCAAAUGUAGGUAUAAGUUAGCACAGCAACAAUGAAGAUGGUGUUUUUUAACACUUCAAUGCUUAGGGAAUUAUUAAAAAUGACAUAAAAUUUCUGUACACUCUACAGUUUGGGACCUCAUUCCCUUGAUUUUAUAUAUGUUUGUGAAACAAGCCUGAAAUUGAAAGAAAGUUUUUCUUGGGCUAAACUGGAAAAAAAUAGAAGUAGAGGCAGAACAUUCUAUAGUCAUGGAGUCAUUGUUUAUAGCCUCUCAUAUUAAUUUUUCCACGCACUCAGUAAUCAUUAGAAUGAGGAAUAAAACUAUGUGGGAAUAUGGGAUAUAUUUAAAUAUUUCUAAUUGUCGAGUGCUGAUAUCCACAAUACCUGGUUCGCUGGACUUUUGAAAUUACGUCACACUCAGUGUCCCUUCUCUGAAUGGGUGAGUGGCCAUCUUUAUGAUUCAACCUGCAUACUGUAUGAGAACAGAGAAAGGAAAAAAGCUCUAGGACUCAUGAAUCUUAGAAUGGUUACUCUUCUUUAAGUGGAUGUUAACUUCUUUCUCACUUCUCAUCUGUAAACUAUCAAUCAAGUAAAAUAGUCAAUGAUUACUCAAGACAGGUAAGUCCCAACCAACAGUGCUCUUACCACACUGUUCAGAAAGCCAACAGCUCUGUUUUCUAUUUUAU